GUAGGGGCGUUGGAUUUGCGUGUGUUGACGACCGGGGGUCGGUGUGUUUGGUCACCUCUGCCUAUAAGAGGAUGCCUGUCAGCCCGCAAGACAGAGGGCACGGUGUUCAGACCAAACAGUUGCUGGGGACCGACAUUAACGAGGGGAGCCAAACCGAACCUAACCGAGCAGAUCGGUGCGCACCACAAGUCACUGCACAAUCUCUCCGAAAACGCGCGCAAAUUAAGAGAGGAAGAGGAGCGAGCAAACACAGUCAUGAGUCUGCCAACUAUGCGACAACUUUUUCUUUUAUUUUUAUUCUGGUUUCCUGGAUCUUGGAGCACAACAGAUGCCAGUCCUUUCGAUCAGUGGGAAGACGGGAUAGAGUUAAGAAAGGUGCGAGGCAUCCAGAGUGAUGAAUUGAGUGAUGUUUUAUGGGGAGACCAGAAUGAGGAGCAAGUCCAGAAUGUUUUCAAAAGAUUCCUGUUUCAUUACUCUAAAGCACGCAACUCUGUCGGAGCUGUACAGCACAAGUCUCACUCAGUUCAUCCGUUGAUGCGACUUCCCCCCAAGCUUUCCCAGAUGAGAAAGAAGAAGGUGUUGCUUUUGAAGAUUCGAAGUCUGCCGGAGGGGAUGUAGUAGAAGAAAAAUCUACAAAAAAAAAAGAGGGAAAUUUAGGCCUAACGGAAAAAGAGAAGCAGGCAGCCUCUUAACAUCACACCCUAAUGGUGGCUCGACUGGUGGAGCACACACAGCAUCUCCGACAGAAACAUGACUUUUUGAAGAAUUAUUGUACAGAUGGAAAAAAUUGAACUGCACUACCGUGGCUGCCAUGUGACUUCCCGCUUCCAAAUGUCAAUCGGUGUGAAUCAAUGUGAACUGCCACCAAGCACAAAUUUGGCAUCUUGCACUGUUACACAAGACAUCAAUGUCACAAAAUACAAACAGAACACUCAAAAUAAUCUCUUAAAGAAGUCCUGUAGUGACACAGAUUCCCCCCCAAAAAUGAGAAUUUAAGAAGAAUUGGCACUGAUCAUUGUGGCAAAGAGGUGGACUCACAUUUAAUUCAACACAUUGAAAUGUACAUGAACAUUUUGUGACAAUUAUAAUGAAACGUAAUAAAAAAAGUUACAAUU